CCUCAACCCCUGCACUCCGCUGCUGCUAAAAUGUGAUGUUGCCAUCCGCCCGGUUGCUUCUAGUUUAGUCCCCCACUCCAGUCACUCCACUCCGCUCCUCCUGGUUAUGGGCUCCGGCGAGGUGGAUGGACGCGCAUUGCUGGAGUCGGAGCAGCAGUAGCGGCGGCCAAACAGGCGGGGGAUCUGGAUCCGAGGCACCACCACCGGGGUCCUCACGGCGGCGACGGAGGCGGCGGCGGAGGAGGAGGAGGAGGAGCGCAGCAGGAAGCAGAUGAGCAGCAGCAGCAGCAGCAGCACAACCACCGGCUGCUCCAGCUCCACCAACAAGUGCAGGACCAAGCAGACCCGCCGCCGGCUCCCGUCUUCCAGCUCCAGCACCUGCAGGCGGCGGCGGCCGUGAGGCAGCGGGGUCUGUCCGCCGAGUAUGCCCUUCUCGCGCCCAUGGGCGACGCCGGCCAGUCCCACGACCACCACGGCUUCCAGCCGCAGCUCCUCUCCUUCGGGAGCCAGCACUACGUGCACCAGUUCGCGGCGCAGGCGCAGGCGCCUGUGGCGGCGUCCCACUCGCGGUCGCGGGGAGGAGCAGGCGCGGGCGGCGAGAUCGUGGCAGCGACGUCUGCCUCGCACUCGCGCGUGAGAGGCGGCGGCGGCGGCGGCGGGGAGAUCGUGGCGGUGCAGGGAGGGCACAUUGUGCGCUCCACCGGGCGCAAGGACCGGCACAGCAAGGUCUGCACGGCGCGCGGGCCGCGCGACCGCCGCGUGCGCCUGUCGGCGCACACGGCCAUCCAGUUCUACGACGUGCAGGACCGCCUGGGCUACGACCGCCCCAGCAAGGCCGUCGACUGGCUCAUCAAGAACGCCAAGGACGCCAUCGACAAGCUCGAGGUGCUGCCCGCGUGGCAGCCCACGGCCACCGCCUCCAAUGCCGCCGCGCCGCCGUCCUCCUCGACCCACCCCGACUCCGCCGAGAACUCCGACGACCAGGCGCAGGCCAUCACCGUCGCGCACACGUCCUUCGACUUCCCCGGCGCCGGUGGAGCCAGCGGUGGCGCCAGCGGCACAGGCUUUCUCCCGCCGUCGCUCGACUCCGACUCCAUCGCGGACACGAUCAAGUCGUUCUUUCCCAUGGCCGGCACGGCAGGCGGGGAGGCGUCCUCGUCCACGGCGGCGGCGCAGUCGUCGGCCAUGGGCUUCCAGAGCUACACGCCUGACCUCCUGUCGCGCACCGGCAGCCACAGCCAGGAGCUCCGGCUGUCGCUGCAGUCUCUCCCAGACCCCAUGUUCCACCACCGGCACCAGCAGCAGGACCGAUCGCACGGCCACGGCGGCAAUGGCUCCGCGCAGCAGGCGCUCUUCCCCGGCUACUCGUUCGGCGGCGGCGCCAUGUGGGCCGAGCAGGCGCAGGGCCAGCGCAUGGUGCCGUGGAACGUGCCCGACCCAGGCGGCGGGAGCACUGGCGGCUACCUGUUCAACGUGUCGCAGCAGGCGGCGCACAUGCAGGCGGCGCUUGCCGGCCAGAGCCAGUUCUUCUUCCAGAGGGGACCCCUUCAGUCCAGUAACCAGCCCUCCGAGAGAGGAUGGCCGGAGACCGUCGAAGCCGACAACCCGAUGCAGCAGCACCAAGGGGGGCUCAGCCCCGCCGUGUUCGCGCCCGGCAUCGGCUUCUCCGGGUUCCGCAUCCCCACCAGGAUACAGGGCGACGAGGACCACAACGGCGGCGGCAAUGGCGACAAGCCGCCGCCGUCCGUGUCCUCGGCUUCUCACCACUGACAGCAGCAGUGGAGCACAGAUCGAUUACUCCACCACCAACCACCAUGAGCAUUCAGCGCUACGCCAUGUACCAGUAGCACCAUCCUCAGCUCCUCCACUUGCACCCUUGAAGUUGAUUUGCAGCUGCUCCCUAUGAGAAUGGAUGGUUGCAACAAGGAGGAGCAAAGUUGGGAGCUGCCACUCUUUUGGUUGGUCGGUCGGUCGGUUUUCUAGAUCUCUAUCUGCAGAUUGUGUCACUGGUUUUUGCUUCAAAGUACUCACUCGGAGCUUCUUAAUUAGAAUUAGGCCUGUGAGAGUGCAGCGCACUGGCUAGAUCGAUGGCUUGUUUGUUGCACCACAGUAGGUUUAGUUGAUGUUCUUUCUAGUUGCUCUAGUUCAAGCUUUGUUUGCUUUCACUUUGUUCUUGUUGGUGACUCGUGAUGGAUGGUUAAUGCGCUUCCUCCUGUGGUUCAGGAGCUAUCAGUGCUAGCAGAUGUUGUUGUUAACCAGAUAUGUGGAUGGGGACAGGAGUCUUUCGUUCUUU